CCAUUGGUCAACCGGAUGGGCGAGGUCUCCCACCCUGGCUUCUUAUUGGUGGGUGGCGCAGUCACUCCUCGGAUACCCGCGCCCUGCCACCGCCCCCGUCCGCGUCGCGCGGUGAUUGGCCACGCGGGUCGCGGGUCCCGGGUCCGAGUGGCUCUGAAGGGUCACUCUGGCAAGUGCGCCUUAGGCGCAAAGUUCCAGUCCUGUGCUGCAUGGGCAGGUGGUGUAGCUGGGACGCUUCUCAACUUCUUCCCGAGUGGGACUGACCUUCCUUGUGAGCUGCGGGACAGUCGCGGGGCAAAACUCCCUGGUCACGCCCCACGGUCACGCUCCGGUUCCUCGACCUCCAGCAUGGUGCUACGUGCAUCCCAGGAUGGGACCGCGUGCACGGGUGCAGCGACCCGAUCCUUAUCCCCGGGUCGGGGCUUCAGUGAUGAGACCAGCCGGCCUCCUAAUGCGCUCUGCGAGGAUGUGGCUGGGACGCGGGAGAGAGCCGGGUGCGGGGAAACGCUGUGUCAUCCUCGGGAGCCGCCGCGCUCCUCCGGAGGGUCCCGAGCGUGCCCUAGUCCCGCACUCGUUGCUUCCUGGCGCCGCGCAGCGCUGGCCCCCAUCCACACCCGCUUGGACUCUUCGGGGUGCACCGUGACUGUGGUUAGCCUAACCCCGGGACACACAAACCUAGGAACCCAUCAGGGCAUCACUAACUCGGCCACGGAACCGGAGAUCCAGACAUCCUUCUACGGUCGCUUCCGGCACUUCUUGGACAUCAUUGACCCUCGAACACUCUUUGUCACUGAGAAACGUCUCCGAGAGGCUGUGCAGCUGCUGGAGGACUACAAGCAUGGCACCCUACGUCCAGGGGUUACCAACGAGCAGCUCUGGAGUGCACAGAAAAUCAAACAGGCUAUCCUACACCCGGACACCAAUGAGAAGAUCUUCAUGCCUUUCAGAAUGUCAGGUUACAUUCCUUUCGGGACGCCAAUUGUGGUGGGUCUUCUCUUGCCCAACCAGACGCUGGCAUCCACUGUCUUCUGGCAGUGGCUGAACCAGAGCCAUAAUGCCUGCGUCAACUAUGCAAACCGCAACGCUACCAAGCCUUCACCUGCAUCCAAGUUCAUCCAGGGCUACCUGGGAGCCGUCAUCAGUGCUGUCUCCAUCGCUGUGGGCCUUAAUGUGCUGGUUCAGAAAGCCAACAAGUUCACCCCGGCCACUCGCCUUCUUGUGCAGAGAUUCGUGCCCUUCCCUGCAGUAGCCAGUGCCAAUAUCUGCAACGUGGUCCUGAUGCGGUAUGGGGAGCUAGAGGAAGGGAUUGAUGUCCUGGAUGCUGAUGGCAACCUCGUGGGCUCCUCAAAGAUCGCAGCCAGACAUGCCCUGCUGGAGACAGCACUGACACGUGUGGUCCUGCCUAUGCCCAUCCUGGUGCUUCCCCCGAUCGUCAUGUCCAUGCUGGAGAAGACAGCUCUCUUGCAGGCACGCCCGCGGCUGCUCCUACCCGUGCAGAGCCUCGUGUGCCUGGCAGCCUUCGGCCUGGCCCUGCCACUGGCCAUCAGCCUUUUCCCGCAGAUGUCAGAGAUUGAAACUUCCCAGUUGGAGCCUGAGAUAGCCCGGGCUACAAGCAGCUCGCACAGUGGUGUACAAUAAGGGGCUGUGAGUGAAGAUCAGCCGGCCUGGAAACACAGCACUAUCCAGGCCGGAUGUUUGGGGAGGGGAAGGAGUCUCAUGAGCGAUUUCUGCAGGGAGGGGCUGCCUGGGAAGCAGUCAACCUCCAGCAGUAGGGAGACUAACCAUUCACAUUUUAACAUAGGGGAGAGGAAUUCUGACACAUUUCCUACACAAAAAGAAUCAAGUGCAUCUCCGGGCCUUACAUGGGGUCGUCUCCACUCCACUCAGCACAAUUCCGUGUGAGCUGAAGAAGUGUAGAGCGCUCCUGGGGUAGAAUUAGGAUCCUUUUAUAUGUUGCUCUUUUUUGUUUGUUUGUUUUAAUUUUUUUUUUUUAAUUAGAAGCAAGUCUGAGCCUUGGUUGCAGCUGACCAGAAGUGGCAGGUGGACAUGUGGAGGGAGCCAGAGGAACCUGGGAACUGGGUUGGAUUGAUGGACGGAAAGUGUAAUGGCUAGGCCUGAUGGGCCCCUGGAUUAGAGAAGGGAAAGGAGGGGAGGUGGUCUGUACCCCACAAGAUGAACUAGCCAUAAUCAAGGUUCUCAGGAAUUGGCUCGCUUGUUCAAGGAGCACUAGAGACCUCUGGAAGUUUCCGGGAGCAGCGGGCUCUGAGGUAGCCAGCUCCUGUCCACACCACAGUGGAGUGAGAAUCAGUGACCUCAGGCAUAGGUCAUCUUUUAUGGAGCUCUUAUGGAUUCUAGGCCCCUGAGAGCACCCCAGCUCUAUUCAGGGAGCCUCACAAGGGAACACUGUUUUGUGUGAACAAGAAGAGGAGCCUAUCUAGGCUCUCUGGGGAAGGUUCUUUUCCAAGAGUAGCUGGAGUUUUAUACUGGGACAAAGGUGGGCAGAGCCCACUGCAGUCCAGUCUGUAGCCAUGACACUGUCUGUCACAUCCCACACCUUCCCGCAUGGGAGAGUCUCCUGCUUGAGGGUACAAGGCCAGAACCCUGGCAACUGCCUGAGAGGUAGUGUCAUCCCAGUUCUGACACGGGCAGGCUCUGUGGUGAUGAACAAGCCACCCACAUCUACGAGCUUCCAUCCCCUGCCUGGGAGCAAACGGUCGAAGCGAGCUUCCUACCAGGCCUUUAACUCCUCUGCCUGACUCACUCAGAUGCUGCACAUUCCGAGCAUGUCUCUAAGGUGGAUUCCGGUCCAGAAAAUGCAUCAGGCCCCUCUGGAAAUGGCCAGCACUUGGCCUCAAAAAAAGGACCUUGCCCUUCUGUAUGUGACCCCCACAUCCCGGAAGACCUUGACUUGUGCCAAAUACUUCGUGGCUGUGGAUGAGGUAGUAUGGAUGAUGCCCGAGACAAGCAUGGGCUGUCAAUCCAUGCACCACCUCUCACUGCUGCAGACUUGGAGGCCUCUUUGCUGCUGGCUCCUGACUCCAUCUCAUUUGUAGACCAUAGGGACCAUAGAAGUAGCUCUACCUAAGGAGGCAGGGUCUGGGAUGAGUGGGGUGACUCCUGAUCUGAAAGAUCCACAGAAAGGAAGCACUCUUCUUCACACGGCCCUCAUCUGAUCCUGCUAGAAUGGGAGCUCUGCCUUGUGACCCUGGAACCUCCCUCUGGUGACUCUGGAAGGGGCUGAAGGUGAACAUGUAUGGUUGCAGUAAAAGCCUGGCACAGGGCAUCAAGGACAAGGCCACAGGUGGCCUUCCAGAGUCUUAAGGCGAUGUAGCUGCAGUGAGGUGUGUCUGCCACGGUCUCCAGACCUUGACUGCGGACUAGAUCGUCUGGAGCCUCUUUUGAAAAGUGCAUUCCCAGCUCUCUGCCCCCAUUUAUCAUGGAGCCUUGUCCUUAUGCAUUUUAUCUUGGGACCAAAACUGCCCUCACCCAGCCCUGCCUCCCCAGAGGUUCCACUGACCAGGGCCUCUUCCAGCUUUCCCUCUGUACUGGCUGUCACUGUACUGGCCUCAGCAUCCCUCAUCGGUUUGCUUUGUGUGUGGAGGUGAUUUCUACCACACUCCUAAAUCCAAGCCCAGGUGAGCUGAGGGGGCAGCUCCUUCGGGCAUGCAGUGGCAAAUGGUCCUUGUGGUUGGGUGAUGGUGACGGAGGGUGGUGAGCCAUGCUGCUAAACCCUGUUCUGACUUCAUAAAAUCCACGAGGGAAGCUUUCUGUGAGUGCAAAUGCCCCUAUCUGCUGAGGCUAGCGGAAGCCGGCCAGGGGAAAAGGGCGCAGAUGAACUCUCAUUGGAUCUAGUUUUGCCAGCAGUUGGGGUAUAUCUGCAGCAAGCUCUCUAGCCCUGCCAUUCCCGGCCUCCUCUCCUGGGUUCUUUAAACAUUCCCUAAGGCUCCAAGGAUGCUCUUUCAUCUCUGGAAAGCAAUUUGAGAGUACAGGAACCAAAAGUCCAAGAUGCCAAGAUGACCACCGAAUCGGGACGGCUGCACACUGCCGAUUCCUGACUGUGGAUGUCUUCUGUCUGAAGCCUCUGGCCUGGGGGAGAGUUGGGGGGUGGAGGUGGAGAAGAACCAGUGGAGGCCGGUCCGUGGUGGGCUUCCAGCCUUGGGCAGGUAUGAGUGAGGCCCCAACACGUGUGCCUCAGCAUACCUAGGGACUUCAGACUGUCUUUUUAACCUCGGAAAACGUCUCAAUUGAUGUGAUUUAUGCCAUACUAAUGAGCUGUGGUCAAUAAACAUGGAUUUAAAACA